AUGGUGCAACGCUUAAACAAUGCUACCGUUCAAGCUGCCUUCCAGGCUGCUUUGGAUGAUGCUUCGCACAAUCGAACGGGCUACGGCACACCAGCAGAAACCCGUGCUUGGAGAGAUCAUUUUGUGCAUGGCGACUCACCUGACUACUCGGAUCUUUGUCGAAAUGGAGGAGACUUAUUUGUGUUGCCUCAAACCGGACUCAAUGAGAUGGAAACCCAGCCCGAUUCGUCAGUUGGCGGCGACUCUUCCGGCCCCAGUGAUCCGUGGUCAUGCGAGCACUCGAUGUCUCACGUCACGAAUGCCAGAUUGGACAUCAGUCUCACGGAUUCUUUGGUGCCGUGGACGAUUACGUCCAAUGUACCAUUUUUAACAAUACCCUUCAUGGACACCGAGAUUUCGGACUACUGUGGUUCUCAUCUUUCAGCUACCGAACUAAUAACAGUAUCUGGUAAUUUGUUGUGGGCUUCGGAGUCCAACUCCAAGACAUAUUCCGAGAAACAAAGCGGUUCUUCGGGGGUUGAAAUCUCUGUCUCGAGUGAAAGCCGAAAGGCGAUCGAGUUCGUGAUGCACGAGCCAAUGACCACCGACGAACGGACUAAGAAGAGAGCCGGAACAAACAAGACGAACCAGAAGAAACCCUCAAAGGGACACUCAGACAAGUACUGGGAGGUGCUUAGAGACAACCAUCUCCGCCGACUCUACAUACAGGAAAGUCACACAGUGGACGAGGUGGUGUUCGAGAUGCUUGUCAUUCAUGGACACAGACUUACAAAGCCGACGCUAGAAAGAAAGCUCAAGCUUUGGGGGUUAUCCAAGAAUAGUUCCAGGCAUAAAGGCUCUGGAGGGCUGGUUGCAAAACGCCGGCGUAUCGCAUAUUCCAUGCCAGCUACCGCCACCAUAGUCAAAGACCUGAAGUUCGCUUCAAUGAAUGAAAGGAGACUGGGGCUGGACAGACAGAGGCCACAAUUUGGACUUGCAACAACCUAUGUUCAGCAGGAGAAGAUGUUCCACGCCCUUGACCAUCUCGUGAAAGGGCUUUUCGCUUCUGGCAGCCAGAGCUGGAAAGCGGUGAACCCUCGAAGUACGAACUUCACGUCACCGGACUUAGCCAACGGCAAAACAUCCCCUGACUGGCAACUGGUCUCUGAAAAGUGCCGAUGCAUCGCAAUACUGUCUGAUGCUGCGCAAUAUGGAGAAGCAUUCAGCGUAUGGGAAGACGCCGGACAAACCCUACGAUCCUCCACACAGCUUUGCAACCCAAGUUUCCUGGUCCAUUUCUGGAAGAUUUCCCUGACUUUAAUGAGCGUUCGCGUCGGAGAUCGCAAAAGCUUCUUGCUGUUUAGGUCUUUUCUGCUGCGCCUCCAGAAAGUCCUAUCCUCGUCUGUUGGUGUACAUCAUCCAAUAACCGAUUUUGUCAUUUCCCUGGCAGUCGUCACAACUUCAACUCCUCUCGACCUCAAGACCACCUUGGGCCUUGCAUGCUGGAAGGCCAUUCAUGUCAUUGCUAGUAUACUUGGUCAAGAACACGCCAUGGUUCUCAGCCUGACUGCCCAUUGUGUGAGGAAUUGGAGAAGUCGAUUCAGCCCCCGCGAAGAGGAUAUCGAGUCCAGCUAUGAUGACCUGGGGGCCUCGAGUUUCAUUUCGGCCCAAAUCAUGUCUGAGAGUGACAUAUCGUUCCAUUUUGACUAUCUUUCGGCACUUGCGAAGCCCAAGAACAAUGCCCCAAAUCUCAUACAACAGGCAGCUGAUAUUUGGACCAUAACAAAAGACAGAUGCUGUAAGGAGGCGAGGGUGGAAAAGACGUAUGACGUUCUCGCUCUACAGGCCUUUACUUUCACGACUAAGUUGCUAGCCUCUCAUUACAUAGAGACGCAAGGGCCAAAUCAACUGCCUAGUCCGGAAAAGGGGUAUGAAUACCUGAGCGAGGGAAUCGAAGCCCUGGCCAAUGGAAGCAAAGAACAUCAGACUCAUGCAAUGGCUCUGUCGAGGCGCUUAGAGACCUACCUCAAAGCUUCUCAAGAUAGAGGAAGAGCAAUCGAAGAACGAGAGCGCGGUACUCAGCUACGUCGGCGGAUCAAGAAGAUGUUGACGACUUCAUCAUGGGCUUCUCCCCCAGUACCAGGAAAUCGGCCCAAGACUGGAGGAGCCUGGGCGAAGAGAAAUCGUCAAAGCCGUAAAGAGAGUCAUAAAAGAUUGACGCUCUUACUCAAAAACAACGAUCGAAGUCUUUGUAGCUGA